AUGCUGUGGAUGUGGUGGAAUCAGCUCGGAGUGAUCAACUGUGAGCUACUUCAGCCCAACGAAACCAGCACUGGGGAACGUUACCAACGAGAAUUCAUGCUGGUGAACCGAGCGUUAAACCUCAAACGCCCCCAAGGACAUGAGAAAGUGAUAAGAUGUUCUACUCCACCCGCUGUAUUCACCAGGCCUUCAGGGUAUCACUUUCACCGGUCGAUGACUCGUGGCCUGGCCGAAAAGCACCUCACUUCUCACGAAGAAGCCAAGAAUUGGAUCAACCCUUGGAUAGCCUCAGUAGACGAGGAACGUUUCCGACGCGGAAUCCGUAUGCUGGCAGGAACUUGCAGUAAAGUCGUAGCUAAUGAUGGACAGUACUUUGAAUAA